AUACGCUGCUUCCGCUUGCGCCGCCCCCUCCCAAUUGGUUUCCGCGCGCGCGAAAAAGCCGGGGUCUCGUUCAGAGGUGUCUUGACGACUGCAACCUGCGAGAUGCCAGCACGAACAGCCCCGGCCCGAGUGCCUGCGCUUGCCUCCCCAGCAGGCUCGCUGCCCGACCACGUCCGCAGGCGGCUCAAAGACUUGGAAAGAGAUGGCUUAACAGAAAAGGAGUGUGUGAAAGAGAAAUUGAACUUGUUGCAUGAAUUCCUGCAAACAGAAAUAAAGAGCCAAUUAUGUGAUUUGGAAGCCAAAUUACAUAAAGAGGAAUUGUCUGAGGAGGGCUACCUGGCUAAAGUCAAAUCCCUUUUAAACAAAGAUUUGUCCUUGGAGAACGGAACACACUCUCUCACUCGAAAAGCCAACGGUUGUCCAGCUAACGGGAGCCGGCCAACCCGGAGGGCAGAAAUGGCAGACUCAAACCAAUCCUCCAAAACCAGAUCCAAGCCUCGGACACCUAAGAGAAGCAAGUCGGACAAUGAGACUAAGCCUGAAGCUUCAUCUAGUUCCACGGCUACAAGGAGAACCACUAGGCAGACCACCAUUACAUCUCACUUCAUGAAGGGCUCCGCUAAACGGAAACCCAAGGAAGAAUCUGAGAAGAGAGUCUCAGAUGAGGCUGAUGCAGAGAGAGACCAGGAUAAGAGGCGCAAAGUCACUGGCAUGGAGUGUGGUGCUGGAGUUUCUGUAGUGAAACUGGAAAGAGUAAUGCUGGACCCCCAGAUGUGUCAGAAAGAGCCAAGUGAACAGGAAGAUAACAAGAGACCUCGACGUCAAACCAGAGAACUAACAUCAAGGCAGAGAUCGAGGGAGGAACCAGACAGAGAAGCAAGUCCAGGAACUCACAAGGACAUGGAUGAUGACAAAGAAGAAAAGAAUAAAAGAAGGCCCAGCCUCAGAAGUCAGCUCAGAGAUCUAGCCACCAAACGGAGACCCAGUGAAGCAGAAUUAGAGCAGGCAACUGCAGAGAUUCCUGAGGACAGAGAUGAAGAUGAAACGGAGGAGAAGAGACAAAAAAUGACACCUGAAGAAUCAGUGGCGAAGAAAACCACUCGAACCAAAACAACUGUGAUCCCAAAGGUCAACCCGCCACGGUGCCCCCAGUGCGGCCAGUACCUAGAUGACCCUGAUCUGAAGUACCAGCAGCACCUUGAGGAUGCUGUGGAUGAACCCCAGAUGUUGACAAGUGAGAAACUGUCCAUCUUUGAGUCCAACGAGUCUGGCUUUGAGAGCUAUGAGGAUUUCCCCAUGCACAGGCUGACCUGCUUCAGCGUAUAUUGCAGUCGAGGUCACCUGUGUCCUGUCGACACUGGUCUAAUUGAGAAGAACAUUGAACUCUACUUUUCUGGUGUUGCCAAAGCAAUUUAUGAUGAAAACCCGUCGGUGGAAGGUGGUAUUAAUGGCAAAAAUCUUGGGCCGAUCAAUGAGUGGUGGAUCACUGGCUUCGAUGGUGGUGAAAAGGCGCUCAUUGGCUUUAGCUCCUCAUUUGCAGAAUACAUUCUGAUGGAACCCAGCCCAGAUUAUGCGCCAAUAUUUGGGCUGAUGCAGGAGAAAAUUUACAUCAGCAAGAUUGUGGUUGAGUUCCUGAUAGGCAAUCCCCAUGCCGUCUAUGAAGACCUGAUCAAUAAGAUCGAGACCACUGUCCCUCCUCCUGCCCUUAACCUGAACCGGUUCACAGAAGACUCCCUCCUGCGCCAUGCCCAAUUUGUGGUGAACCAGGUAGAGAGUUAUGAUGAUGCCAAGGAUUUUGAUGAGACACACAUCGUCUUGUCUCCUUGUAUGAGAGCCCUGAUCAAUUUGGCCGGGGUCACCCUGGGACAGAGGCGAGCUGAGAGGCGCAAUAUCAGCAAACAUUCUGCCAAGGAGAAGGACAAAGGGCCCACAAAAGCCACCACAACCAAGUUGGUCUACCAGAUCUUUGACGCUUUCUUCUCAGAGCAGAUUGAGAAAGAUGAUAAGGAAGACAAGGAGAAUGCCAGUAAGCGCCGCCGGUGUGGUGUCUGUGAGGUCUGCCAGCAGCCUGAGUGCGGGAAGUGCAAGGCCUGCAAGGACAUGGUGAAGUUUGGCGGCACUGGACGGAGUAAACAGGCUUGCCUCAAGAGGAGGUGUCCCAAUUUGGCCAUGAAGGAGGCGGAUGAAGACGAGGAAGCUCCUGAUGACAUCCCAGAGGUACCAUCACCCAAAAAGAUGCAUCAGGGAAAGAAAAAGAAACAGAACAAGGAUCGCAUCUCCUGGCUCGGACAGCCCGUGAAGAUUGAAGAGAAGAGAACUUACUAUCAGAAGGUGUGCAUCGACGAGGAGACACUGGAGGUGGGGGACUGUGUCUCCGUCAUCCCAGAUGAUUCUUCCAAACCACUGUACCUAGCCAGGGUCACAGCACUCUGGGAAGACAAGAACGGACAGAUGUUCCAUGCACACUGGUUCUGUGCCGGGACAGACACAGUCCUUGGAGCCACCUCUGACCCCCUGGAGCUGUUCCUGGUGGGCGAGUGUGAAAAUAUGCAGCUUUCCUACAUUCACAGCAAGGUCAAGGUCAUCUACAAAGCACCCUCCAAAAAUUGGGCCAUGGAGGGAGGCAUGGACCCCGAGACCAUGCUGCCAGGGGCUGAGGAUGACGGGAAGACCUAUUUCUACCAACUCUGGUACAACCAGGACUAUGCCAGGUUUGAAUCCCCUCCCAAGACCCAGCCAACGGAGGACAACAAGCACAAGUUCUGCCUAUCUUGCAUUUACCUGGGUGAGCUGAGACAAAAAGAAAUGCCCAAGGUCCUGGAACAACUUGAAGAGGUGGAUGGCCGGCUCUACUGCAGUUCUAUCACCAAGAAUGGUGUGGUCUACAGACUGGGCGACAGUGUGUACCUGCCUCCUGAGGCUUUUACCUUCAAUAUCAAGCUGGCUAGCCCCUUGAAACGCUCAAAGAAGGAGCCUGUAAACGAGGACCUGUACCCUGAGCACUACCGCAAGUAUUCCGACUACAUCAAAGGCAGUAACCUGGAUGCUCCUGAGCCGUAUCGAAUCGGUCGGAUAAAAGAGAUCCACUGUGGCAAGAAGAACGGCAAACCCAACGAGGCAGACAUCAAGCUCAGGCUCAACAAGUUCUACAGGCCCGAGAACACCCACAAGUCCAGCAAGGCAACCUACCACGCAGACAUCAACCUGCUGUACUGGAGCGAUGAGGAGGCCGUGGUGGACUUCAGUGACGUGCAGGGCCGCUGCACUGUGGAGUACGGGGAAGACCUGCCUGAGAGCAUCCAGGAUUACUCCCAGGGGGGCCCUGACCGCUUCUACUUCCUUGAGGCCUACAAUGCAAAGAGCAAAAGCUUCGAAGACCCCCCAAACCACGCCCGCAGCCCUGGGAAGAAAGGGAAGGGGAAAGGGAAAGGGAAGGCAAAGCAUCCGGUGUCGGAGCCCAGAGGGCCCGAGGCAGCCAUCAAACUGCCCAAGCUUCGGACCUUGGAUGUAUUCUCUGGCUGUGGAGGGUUAUCAGAAGGAUUCCACCAAGCAGGCAUCUCGGAGACGCUGUGGGCCAUUGAGAUGUGGGACCCAGCAGCCCAGGCGUUUCGACUGAACAACCCUGGCGCCACGGUGUUUACGGAGGACUGCAACGUGCUGCUCAAGCUGGUCAUGGCCGGUGAGGUGACCAACUCCCUGGGCCAGAGACUGCCGCAGAAGGGUGAUGUGGAGAUGCUGUGUGGCGGGCCACCCUGCCAGGGCUUCAGCGGCAUGAACCGCUUCAAUUCCCGCACCUACUCCAAGUUCAAGAACUCCCUGGUGGUCUCCUUCCUCAGCUACUGCGACUACUACCGGCCCCGGUUCUUCCUCCUGGAGAACGUCCGGAACUUCGUGUCCUUCAAGCGCUCCAUGGUGCUGAAGCUCACGCUGCGCUGCCUGGUCCGCAUGGGCUACCAGUGCACCUUCGGUGUGCUGCAGGCUGGACAGUAUGGCGUGGCCCAGACACGGAGGAGGGCCAUCAUCUUGGCUGCAGCCCCAGGAGAGAAGCUGCCCCUGUUCCCAGAGCCUCUGCAUGUGUUUGCACCCCGCGCCUGCCAGCUGAGCGUUGUGGUGGACGACAAGAAGUUCGUUAGCAACAUUACGAGGCUGAGCUCGGGCCCCUUCCGAACCAUCACGGUGCGGGACACCAUGUCUGACCUCCCUGAGAUCCAGAACGGAGCCUCAGCACCCGAGAUCUCCUAUAACGGAGAGCCGCAGUCCUGGUUCCAGAGGCAGCUGAGAGGCUCGCACUACCAGCCCAUCCUCAGGGACCAUAUCUGCAAGGACAUGAGCCCGCUGGUGGCUGCCCGCAUGCGGCACAUCCCGCUCUUCCCAGGCUCAGACUGGCGUGACCUGCCCAAUAUAGAGGUGCGCCUGACAGACGGCACGCUGACCAGGAAGCUGCGCUACACCUUCCACGACAGGAAGAACGGCUGCAGCAGCACCGGCGCCAUGCGCGGGGUCUGUUCCUGUGUGGAAGCUGGCAAGACCUGCGACCCCACGGCCAGGCAGUUCAACACCCUCAUCCCCUGGUGCCUGCCGCACACUGGGAACCGGCACAACCACUGGGCCGGCCUCUACGGGCGCCUGGAGUGGGAUGGCUUCUUCAGCACUACUGUCACCAACCCUGAGCCUAUGGGCAAGCAGGGCCGUGUGCUCCACCCGGAGCAGCACCGGGUGGUGAGUGUGCGUGAGUGUGCCCGCUCCCAGGGCUUUCCGGACACCUACCGGCUCUUCGGCAACAUCCUGGACAGACAUCGGCAGGUGGGUAACGCUGUCCCGCCACCCCUGGCCAAAGCCAUCGGCCUGGAGAUUAAGCUCUGCAUGCUGGCCACAGCUCAGGAGAAUGCCUCAGGUUCUCCAGGCUCAGGUUCUCCAGGCCAGCCGUGAGCGUCUACGCUGCUGCGUGCUCCGGGUGACGCCCCUCCCUCCUCCGCUGCAGCGGAGGAGACUGCCACCACGGACUCUUCUCCCCCGGAGCCCUCCGUGCACUGCUGUUGUGAUUUUUAAGCUGUUGAGCCCAUCAUUUGAAGUGUUGUACACCGUGUCUGUGGCCGUGGCUGACACUAGGCUGUCUGUGUGAGGUUUGCUUUGUGACCGAGCCGUGCAGUACUUUGUGCAUUCUGAAUUGGAAGUCUUUUUAAUUCCGUAUUCGAUCAGAUCUGCCACUGCGCAGGUGGGAGCGAGACUUGAUGUAGUUUUUAUAUGUUGUGAUAUUUCUCCAAAUAAAGUGCUUCUGUAAAGCA